UUUGGGUAAUAUCUAUGUGGAGGGAAAUCAAGACUCCAACAGACAAUCAGGAUCCACAGUCUGCAGUCAAAUGCUCUACGACUGAGCUAUACCCUCUGAUGAGUGAGUCAUAUGGCUAGAUUAGUUUAAUUUGACUGGAUGGAGAUGAUGAGAUAGAUAACUGUAUUAUAAAAAGUGUUGUAUUUAACUGACUCAACCAAGAAAUGUUAUGAUGAAUCCUUUGCCAAACUGAAAUCACUGCUGGAUUAAAUGCUUAUAUCCCUAAAAUGCAUCAGUUAGCCUACACUAUACGCAAUGCCUGACAUGUGUCACAAAAAUGUGACAGCUGGAGGAAAUCAGAAUCUGCUCUCAAGUUAUCCGGUACUUCUCUAGCUUUUAGCCAUGCUAGCAAAACGUUGUGGCUCCAGGGAUGGCAAUGUCCACCACUUUGGUCCACCAUUAAAAUCCGGGUCCCCAGAGGAUGAAUCCUGUUUGGCUUGUGAUCCAAAGGGAAAGUAACAUCAUAUAUUAGUUAAUAUUUAAAAAAACAAACAAAAAUAAACUUGAUAAAUGUAAGAAUAUGAUCGAGUGACAAAGGCAAAUGUGGUUAUUGAAACUGAAAACAUUGUGAUUGUUAAUAGGCUACUUAUUGUCUUUGUUGAGUUGGUGCAGAACUAAAGUAUUUUGGAAAUAUGCAGGCUGAAACAGAACUAAUGAAACUGGAUCUACAAGGUCAGUUAUCCAGAUCAUGUGAUGUGUAUCUGGAAAACAGAAACUUAAGCUCUCCACCUUCAUAUGAGUCACCAUGACUGUGGUGCUGCUGUAGCACACAGGUUUAAUCUUUAGAUGAGCUGUAUCUUUGCUACCACUCGCCUUUCAGAAAGCUCGAGACUGACAUGGAGCAAGUCUGUGCCGUAGGAGAGUCACCAGAAAAAACGACCACCAGCUCCACAACCAACAGAAAGGAGGGUGAGGAAAAUACUCCAGGAAGCAGCACUAAUGAGGCUCAGGACAAUCCUGCUGCCAGUGUCUGCAGUGGUGACACAGCAGGAACCAAAGAAAAUCCAUCAGAAGAAGAAAACAACAAACUGUCGCUGAUCUCCUGGAACGUGGAUGGGCUUGACGGAGAGGAACAACCAGAGAGAUGUAGAGGACUCUGCUCUUACUUACUGUCACACUCUCCUGACGUGGUGCUUCUUCAGGAGCUCAUCCAACCAUACAUCCGCUUCGUGAAGAAACGUCUGGCGGCCAACUACACGUUCAUUGAAGGUGGUAAGGAGGGUUACUUCAUCGGGAUGAUGCUGAAAAAGUCUCGAAUCACGCUGCUGGACAGUGAGAUUGUCCCCUAUCCAACCACUCAGAUGAUGAGGAACCUGCUUGUCGCUCAGGUGCUGUUCAAAGGCCAGAAGCUUUGUUUGAUGACGUCCCACUUUGAGAGCUGCAAGCCCCAAGCAAAAGAGCGGAAGAGACAGCUGCGACUGGUGAUGAAGAGGAUGACAGAGGCGCCUGAUGAUGUCACCGUCCUGUUUGGAGGAGACACCAACCUGAGGGAUGCUGAGGUGGCCAAUGUGGGCCUUCCUGGCUGCGUCUACGAUGUGUGGGAGCACCUGGGAGAGCCAGAGCACUGCCGCUACACAUGGGACACCCACGCCAACACCAACAAGGAUGUUCAGUUCAAGUGUCGCUGCCGCUUCGACCGGCUCUACCUGCGCCGGGCUGCCAAAGAUGGGGUCCCACAGCUGGAGCCCGACAGCAUGGCCUUGAUAGGGCUGGAGAAGCUGGAGUGUGGCCGCUUCACCAGCGAUCACUGGGGGAUCCACUGUACAUUCUCUGCUGAGUAGAAAUCCCCAAAACAAACUAAAACCCUUGCAAUUGUCCUUCUGGUUAGGUUAUAGUUCUCAACAUGUACGAUCUGUUCUCUCAUUUCUAUUUUUAUGCCUCAGCAUCAGACGUCUGCACAAUGGGGGAAAUUGGUGUGUUUCAAAAUUCAAGUGCACGCAGCUGGGUUCAGACUACAGUGAUGUUUCCUCUGUGAAAGACAGAAUCUUCUUCAUCCUGGUUUGCAAUUUUGGUGUCAAAGACUCAUGAAACAAAAAAUGUCAUAAACUCUGUUCCUCUUCAGCCUGAGGGAGUCCCCCAGAGGAGGAGACGCCUCCUUCAGCCUGGACAGGGACAGUCGCUGGUUGAUCUCUACAUUUAUAAGAAACCAAAAUAAUGUUACCAGAAUAAGACCAAAAAUGUUUUUAUUCAAACGUUGGAUAUGUACUAAACAAUAAUAAUAAUAAUAAUAAUAAUAAUAAUAAUAAUAAUAAUAAUAAUAAUAAUACAGUUAUCAUCCCGUUUUAAUCCUGGUUCACAUGUAAAGCACUUUGUAACUUUGUUUUGAAAAGUGCUGUAUAAAUAAAGUUUUUAUUAUUAUUAUUAUUACUUUAUACUGAAAAAAAUAUGAGCAGUGAUUUUUUUUUUAACGUCUGCAAUAUCCACAUAUUUAAAAUUCACAUACAUAAAUACGAUGCAGCAUUCAGCGGAGAGACGCCAGCAUCAAAACACACGUCCUGUGCCUUUAAGGGUCACGUGGUCAGCGUCGUAGCCUAGGAGAAGUUUUGUUUACUUCCGGGUUGUCAGAGUCGAAAACAAGAGGGGCACCAACACGCCCACGACACCGAGCAAAGCGGAUUAAAGUCCCGCAGAGAUGGCAGGGGAGGCUGAGGACGAGAUACCAGGUAAAUAACGACAGUUAUUUCCCCCAUUUUACACUCCUGCGGUUUUAUAACCAAGAAUUUUAAAUCUGAAAUGUUAGUUAGCCAUCAUUAUCCAGCUAAUUAGCGGUGCAGGGAGGUCGUUUUAGCUACUGCUUUAGCUCGCUGGCUAACGUAAAAUAAACCCUUUUUAUGCUCCGCUUUAAACUGUCAGCUAUUUAAAUAUUCUAUUUGUUAAAUCUUCAUGACUUUGUUAGUAUUUUACGUUACUUGCUAUUUGUAUUUUCCCUUUUCCUUGAUUUGUGAAGUACUUAAAAAGUUCGUUUUGAAACGUGCUCUGUAAUUAAAUAUGAAUAUGUUUUCUUUCACCUCAUGUUGGUGUAUUAUGUUUUUGUAAUUUACACUCUAAGUACAUUACUUAAUUAUAAUUUGAGGUGCUUGUACUUACAAGUAUUUUCAUUUUAUGCUCGUUUACACUUAAACUAUCCUACAUUUCAGAGGGAACCGUUGUAUUUUUACUCCAUUGCAUUAAUCUGACAGUUAUAGUUACUUCUCAGUUUGCAGAUUAAGAUUUUACAAACAAAAUGUAUUAUUAACGUAUACAAUAUGAUGCAUUGUUAUAGAUUAAACUACCCAACAGCACUUUACAUAAGUUAAAAUGAGCUGCUUAGACAUUAAUGCAUGAUUAAUAAUAAUCCAAUAAUAUAAAACUCUCUGAACGGGGACAUUUUGCUGCCUAUGAGUGCCUUUAUUUCUGAUACUUUCAGUCCAUUUUGCUGAGAAUAAUGUCAUACUUCUGCUUAACUAUACUCUACUUAACUUUUGAGUAUUUCUACAUUAAAGUAUUGCUACUUUUACUCAAGUAAAA